AUGACGGGUCCGGGAGCAGCGAUAGAGGUGAGGGGUCCAAAUGCUGAAGAAAGAGCUUCGCAAAGUGUGAUCGGUGAAGCACAAAACUCAAUAGAACAACCGAGGAGCGACGGCGAGAAGAGCGGACGGAGCUACGGUGACAUAUCCAGCGGAGGUAGCGACGAUGGCGGAGCGAAUAGAGGUGGUAGUGGUGACGAAACGAGUAUAUGUAGUGACGAUGGUGAUGCGGCGGACUAA